UGCAUUCCAGAGUUUUCCAAGUCGGUCGGUUGACCGAAGUCCUGAGGAAGUUCCGAAGUCAACUUCCUUCCCCCCUCGGCUUUAAUUCCUUGGUGUUCUCCGCUUGAGCCUUUUGAUUGCUCUUCUAUUCGCUUCUCCUCUCGUCCUCUUAUCGCGCUCGCUCGCUCGCUCGCUCUCCGUUCCUCUUUCAUGGCGGCGGAGUUGGAAAAGAGGGCGAAGGAAGCCUUCUUCGAGGACGACUUCGAGCUCGCCCUGGAUUUCUACUCGCAGGCGCUGGAGUUGGACCCCAAGAACGCCGAUCUCUACGCUGACCGAGCCCAGGCCAAUAUCAAGCUCAAGAAUUUCACCGAGGCUGUUGCUGAUGCAAACAGAGCAAUUGAGUUGGAUCCUUCGUUAUCUAAAGCUUACUUGCGAAAAGGAACUGCUUGUAUUAAACUUGAGGAAUAUCAGACUGCAAAGGCAGCCCUUGAAGCAGGUUCCUCUUUGGCGCUGGGGGACUCAAGAUUCAUACAACUGAUUAAGGAAUGUGAGGAGCAAAUGACUGAGGAGAUCAGAAACCUGCCUGAAGUGAUGUACGAGGCUCCACCAAGUGCAAUUACUCCUUCAAACAACGUGGGGCCUACUCAUGAUAUGUCUUAUGAGUCUACCAUAGUUGACCCAAGCAAACUAAAAUAUAGACAUGACUUCUACAAUACUUCUACAGAAUUGGUUUUGAACAUUUUCGCAAAGGGCAUCCCGGCUGAAUGUGUGAAUGUUGUCUUCGGUGAACAAAUAUUAAGCAUCUCCAUCAAUAUCCCAGGUGAAGAAGCCUACCAUUUUCAACCGCGUCUAUUUGGAAUGGUAUUGAUGAUUAUAAAUCCUGCCCUUCUGGUUUUGCUGCUGUGACAUCCCAAAGGCCCUCUUACCCAUCUUCAAAAUCCAAAGUAGAUUGGGAAAAACUGGAAGCCCAAGUAAAGAAAGAGGAAAAAGAAGAGACGCUAGAUGGUGAUGCAGCAUUAAACAAACUGUUCCGUGAUAUUUACCGAGAUGCAGAUGAAGACAUGCGACGAGCCAUGAUUAAAUCUUUUGUGGAAUCGAAUGGAACAGUGCUGUCAACAAAUUGGAAAGAUGUGGGUUCAAAGAAGGUGGAGGGGAGUCCGCCUGAUGGCAUGGAACUGAAAAAAUGGGAGCAUUGACGUCAUUACUAUUCCAAUGUUGUGGCAGUUCCAUUUGUACAACCCAUGUGGGAGUCAAGUGCCGGUAAAUUUCAUAAUGACCGCAUUCGAGGAUAAAAUGGGUUUGUUUCUGCAGUUGUUUAUUGGACAUAUUGCACUCUUGUAUCUUUGGUUUCAUGCUGUAGUGUCUGGUUUCUUCGUUGUGACAGCUUUUCUGAACAUUGGUAAGUUAUCAUUGUAGCUGGUGUUACAAACCUUUUCUUCAGUAGAACAUUUCCACCAGUAAGUUGAAUUUCUUUCAAUCUUCCUCAAGGUCUACUG